CCCCGGUAGCCUUGUUAAGCCUCAGCGGCCUUCAGAUCCCUUCCACGCUUCGCUCACCAUCCGUGUCUCCUCCUGCCACCUCGGCCUGGGGUGUGCGGAGCAGUGAAUUGGGGCUUUUCAGAGCAUCACAGAAACACACAAGCUGGAGACUAGCGGACAUCUGUGGAUGGCUCACAGCUUGAAAGCUGGAGACGCAUACAAACUAAAGAAGCAACUUGGGAGAAACAGUCUGCAGAGAGAUGACAAUUUAGCAAGGAUACGUCUUUAAUGUCUUUAGAAAUAUAAGAUGAUACGUCCGUACAGCCAGAACAUACUCCUAUGAAGAGGAAUAAACUUUGGGGAGUUAAAAAAAAAUGUGAUGGCAGAAAUGAAAAUCUAUAAAACAAUUCUGAUGAUAAAGUUGAGAAACUCUCCAGGAAGGUAGACCAAGUAAUAGAUACAUAGAAAACAGGCAGCAAUGCACACCUGAAAGUAAUGUUAUAUGUUAACUAUACUUCGAUUUGAAAAGAUUAUUUUCAAAGAAAAUAGGGAAAAAAAUAAAACUGGAAUGGUACAAACCAUCAAUGAAACAGACCAAGAAGAUAUCCCAGAAGUGAAGAAUGUUUACUUCUAACCUGAAAGACCCACCAUAUGCUAAAUACCAAGGAUGAAAGUAAACCCACUAUUUCAGGACGCUCGAGACAAAGGAAAAAUCUAAAUAAGGGAGGGUUCAGAGGAAUCGAGAUUCAAGAUUCUCAGUUGCAUCUACCCAGAUGUCCCUGUUUCAAAUGUCCGGAUCCUACCCUAACCUCCUCAAGGUUGGGGUCCUAAAAUACCUAGCCUUGGCAUAGGAAGCCUGGGGCUGAGAAUUCAUUCUCAACAAUUAACAUUGGAGCUGGCCCUCCACUCUGAUGCCCACUGGAUACAGGUUAGGCUUCCCUUAAGGGCUGUCGUGGGGCCACCUGGUUUCACAGUCUGCCUGGACUUGGUGAUCAGUUCUGUGGACUUAGUUUCUAUUUCCUUCAGGCUCUCAACUGCUGCAGAGACCAUUAACGCAUACCCUUUCAACCAGUAACCCCUCGCAGCCGGCCACUGCUGACAAUUUUAAUAACUGUCCCACCUCAGCAAGCUAGAGACUAUCAGUAUUCUACCUACUACCGUGGGUUCUUGUCAGCCAGACUGUGAACAGUCACCCAGAUUCAUUCUAGAAUUUGUGGAACCACGUCUGAAACCAACAGGCUUAAAUUGGGUUCCUUGGAGAAAGACUCCAACGAGAAGCUACGUGAACAAGGUUUACUGGGAAGUGCUAGUGCUCGCGGGAUGCACCUGUAAGGAAGUGAGGAAGGCAAGGUUGGGGAAACUGACACGCAGUGACGUUACAAGAGAGGCUUUGGCCGAUCCUGUGGGGAACUUGGAAGUUGGAGUGGCCCCUUCAGGGUCGUUCCAUAUUGAGACAGAGAGGCCAGGUCUUUGUAUCCUGCAUCAACCGUCGUCGACAGGCCCUACAGGAGGGCGUGUGACCUUGGGUGAGGCUGUCUCCUGCCAUGGGAGGCAUUGCCAUGAGGGAAGCAGCUGUGUUCAAUCAGCAUCUGAUAUUCCCAGCAGCUGGGAAAUGGGUGCCUUGGUCCCAAACAGGGCAUCCGGGUAGAGCAUUUUACCCACGAAACCUAGUAAAGGAGUAUCGUGAACAGAUGUGCCCAGGACUGUGCCAGAGCCCGUGGCCCAGUGCUCGAGAACCUCAUGAACUAUAUACGGGAUUUUGUAAAUGUAUGUGUUUCCACCUACCGGCACAUAAGCUCUAGAAGAGCGGGCAAUGUACUUGCUUACCACCGCUUCUCCAGCGUCUAGAAUUCGACUCCUAGUUGAAUGAACCUAACUGGAGGCUUGCAAUAAGAACCAGGAAGUUGCUGUGUGUUAGGCGGAAUCUGGGGGUGACAAGCAUCCGGAGAAAGGGAGGUGGGGCUCGGUGCGAGUGUGAAGCACACUUCUGGAGCCAAGGCAGAGCUAGGGCACUCUAACCGAGGUGGGACUCCGCAUGAGGCAAGCGCAAGCAUCGCACGAGUGGGUUUUCUUUCUGCAGUCUCCGGUCUUCAGCCCAGCCUCUCUGGAUGCCCGUGGCGUUCUGCAAGCAUCCAAAUGGUUGGGAGGAAAGCUUCAUGUUCCACACGAGUGACAUUGUGCAAUAGGGGACGGAGAGUCAGAAGGUCUGGAUCUGAAUUCAGACGUCUCCCUUAAGUAGCUGCGGGGCCUUGGCGAGUCCUGAGGCUCUCCAGAUCACCAGGGGCGGGGCGGGAGCAGGUUGCUGAGGCCAAGGGCUGGCACAGGAUACUUCCUCCGACCCAUCGGCACAGGAGGGGGCUACUCCUGGAAGGAACGGGGAUGACAGAUGGAAGAGACACAGCCUGGGCAAACUCCAGGCUCCGGUCCAAGAGCCGGCCCUUGGACAUUCUCCUGUUAUCUCUACUAUCUCUACGCUCGCUAGCCUACACACGUGCGCAGACAUUGCUGUUCAGGCGCUGCGCUAAUUGGUUUUAAAGUCUUUCCCUUAUCAUUCCCCCGCUCCCUGGCAGGCAGUGGUUGUGGUUGUGUGGCAGCGGCCAGAGACAAGGUGUCCCCACCAUGUUGCAUAGCCAGCCCUUGGCCGACGUCAGGGGCCGGCUCCGGAUCCGCAGCCGCCUGGCCCGGCAGUGCCUGGCAGAGUUUCUGGGUGUAUUUGUGCUCCUGGUAGGCCGGGUAACCGGGGAAGGAAAGAGGGGAGGAGGGCGAACGUUUCUGCCUCUAUCUCUUCAUCCUGGUGUCUCACUUCAUUCAACUAUGCAUCAUUUCUGUCCCUGCCCUUGUCCCUUCGGUUCCAGCCCCCCCCCCAUCUUUCCCUUCCCAGUCUUCACUCCUCCCCCACAGCUCCUCUAUUUCCUUUCCCUCUGUUGCUCCUCCCCCUUUCUUGCUGACCCCUCCUGUUACUUUGGUGACCUCUCUCUCUCGGCUGCUCCCCUUCCCAGCCUUGCUCCAGGCUUCCAGGCUCCCCAUUCCUGGUCCUCCGCUCCUCAUCCUCCCUCUCCCCACCAGUUGCUCACCCAGGGGGCUGGAGCCCAGGCUGUCACCAGCGGAGAAACAAAAGGCAACUUCUUCACCAUGUUUCUGGCUGGCUCUCUGGCCGUGACCAUAGCCAUCUACGUGGGUGGUAACGUUUCAGGGGCCCACCUGAACCCAGCCUUCUCCCUGGCCAUGUGCCUGCUGGGACGCCUCCCCUGGGCCAAGUUCCCCGUUUACUGCUUGGUGCAGCUUCUAUCUGCUUUCUGUGCCUCUGGAGCCACCUAUGCUGUCUACUACGAUGCCCUACAGAACUAUACAGGCGGGAACCUGACGGUGACUGGCCCCAAGGAGACAGCCUCCAUCUUUGCCACCUAUCCUGCCCCUUACCUGUCCCUGAACAAUGGCUUCCUGGAUCAGGUGCUGGGCACGGGGAUCCUGAUCGUGGGGAUCCUGGCCAUCCUGGACACACGGAACAAGGGAGUGCCUGCAGGCCUGGAGCCUGUGGCUGUGGGGCUGCUGAUCCUGGCCAUCGGGCUAUCCCUGGGUGCCAACUGUGGGUUCCCUCUCAACCCUGCCCGGGACCUGGGCCCACGGCUUUUCACCUACGUGGCUGGCUGGGGCCCUGAAGUCUUCAGCGCUGGUAAUGGCUGGUGGUGGGUGCCUGUGGUGGCCCCUCUGGUGGGGGCGACUCUUGGCACAGCCACAUACCAGCUGCUGGUGGCUCUCCACCACCCCGAGGAGAAGCCAGAGCCGUUUCAGGAUCUAGAGUUUGCCCAACAUACAGCCUGAGGCCUGGAAACUCCUGCCUCUGCCCUGUUGCCGCAGCGUGAGCUCUGAUCCCGACACGGAGCCCUCGCCUCGCUUGUGGACACUGAAGAGGGGCCGCAGAUCCGGGACGGUGGCCAGAGGACGGCUUCCUCCCAAACUGGGAGGGCCAGGCCCCUGCUGCCCUCCACACCCUGGCAGGUCUUCGGACCCUGGGGGCCUCCGCGGACACAGUGCCUCAAAGCGGCCGCCAGAGGGUGCGCCCGGGGAGGCCUGGGGGAGGCCGGGGGAGGGGCGCUUCCCGCGGAGCUCGGCCCCCUCCCGGGCUCCCGGCCCCAGAAACUCGGCGCGGCCGCGCUGCCCUCGCGGGGCGGCUUCCCCCACAUGGGGAGGGGGGCGCAAGGGGGGAAACUGAGGCACGGCCCAGUGCCCAGGCGCUCCGGCCGUCCUUCCCGGAGAGGGGUGCGGGCCCCGGCCCGGGGGCGCGCGCUGGGGGGAGGGUCCUCGCUGCCCCGCCACGCGCCCCCGGCCCCCUCUCCUCCGAAUAAAAACGUCCCGGCUCUCU